AUGCAAUUCGGAAGUGAAUGCUACAGGUUAAACUUAGAUAGGGAAUUCGCAACACGCUUCUUACGAAAACUCUGCGAUGCUAAUUGCUUCUGUCCACCGCCAUUUGUGCAAUUCACAGACCCCAAAGACAAAUGCAAGAAGUUUGGUGAAUGCGUCUAUCAACGAACUGAAGCAUUUUCAUAUCAGAUUGCUCGUAAAAGAUGUGCUUUUUACGAUGCUGAAAUGACUGAAAUACUCAGUCCAGAGAAAGAUCAAUUUCUUAAGAAUUGGGCUGCUGGAGCAGGUGCGCAAAGCCUUUGGCUCGGAGCAACCGGUGUUGAUGGCAAUUACACGUGGACCAUUAGCGGAAUACCGGUCAGUGCACUUUGUUGGCGUUGA